GAAAACAGAUAAAUUUGUUUCGAUCCUCUCUUUACGUUUUCCUUUAAGUUUUUUAAUUUUUGGUGCUAUUUUUAUAAAACGCACCUUCAUAAAACGUUAUUAACAACAUCCUUGCCGAUAGCACCCGCAACUCUCAACCUCUAAAACUAAAACAUAACCUUCCUUUUCGUAUCAUCAGAUAAUCCAAACGGAAGUGGGGCAGCAGGUGACACUUCACAGGAUUCCUCGCGCCCAGCUCAAAUAGAAGGUAGAAUUAAUUAUCCUCAAGUAUUCCCAGACCAAAUACCGGAUGGUUCUUGCAUGGUUAUCAAUGUUUUUGACACGUCCAGCAAACCGUCAAAGUUCGUAACGAAACAAGUUAUCGACAACCCGAUGAAAGACGCUAGAAUCGAGUAUUUGCUCAAGCUCCCGAAAGACCAAGACCUGAGCAACGCCGCGCUACAAAAAUUAAAGAUAUCUGCCUAUGUUAAUGUUGGAUGGUGUUCCAAAGAUCAAACUAGUUCAGAAGAUCCAAAAGAUAACACAAAACAGCAAGAUUAUGCCACCGAAAUGCCUUACGCAAUUGAUCCAUCUUUAUCUGCCAUAACCAUGACUUCCAAGAGAAGUCCGAAAGCAAAGCCAAAAAUUCGAAUUAUACGCGGUCCAGAAAUAUAUCUUGAAAAAGUUACAAAAGAUAUGAAGGCCACCUUGUCUCCAACAAAUCUUAAUUCUGGUAGCGUUUCUCCAACUUCUUCAACGCAGACAGGUAAGAAAACGAUACUUUUAUACCCAGCUAAAACUUGUAAAUGAAUUAUCGUCUGCCGAUUAGAGAUAUUUCAACUGGUCUUUGAAAUCGAAAAGAGAACA